GCAAGUCCGUUCAGACCGCCGUACAGAUGAACUUUCACUUCCCGAUUUCUCCGUUACAUACAUAAAAACAUUCCAUGUGAGCAAUGCAGAUUUGAAGAUUUCGGCCUGGCUAUCGGCUCUAAGAUUUGCACUGAAUUUGUACCGUACGAGGAAAGCCCACUUUCAUUGUCGCUAUCCCAAAUGUCACUCCCGAGGCAGCUCCGUGACGAAAGUGACUUUGACCAGCUACCCAAUGAUGUCCCAGUAUCAGCGGCCAUUGCAGACAUUGAGGAGAAGAAAGGCUUCACCCGUUAUUAUGAAUUUGUGAUCGAAGUGAAAAACAAAGGAGGCAGCAAGUACUUCAUAUACCGCCGUUACCGCCAGUUCUUUGCCCUGCAUCAGAAGGUGGAAGAGAAGUUCUCGAUGGCGAUCCAACUUGGCUCCAGCACCUGCUCGCUGCCUUCACUGCCCGGAAAGAUUUAUAUGGGGAACAAGCAGGAAAUUGCAGAGAUGAGAAUCCCAGAGCUCAACAUAUACAUCAAAAAACUCCUUUCUCUCCCCACUUGGAUUUUGCUGGAUGAUCUCAUUCGAAUUUUCUUCUAUCAAACUGAAGUUGACAGCAAGCAGGUCCCAAGAGGACUACGACGGUUACGUCCCCCAACCAGAAAAGUGAAAACCACAAAACUGAAGCCAGACCUGCUGUCAUCUCCCAGGGCAGAGGCUCUCUUCGAUUUCAGCGGAGAUGAAAAGCUGGAGCUGAGUUUUCGGGCUGGAGACGUGAUCUUCCUACUGCGGAGAGUGAACAGUGACUGGCUAGAGGGCUCUUUGAGAAACAUCACAGGGAUUUUCCCCCAGUCAUUUGUGAAAAUCAUCAAACCCCUCCCUGAUGACAGCUCAGAUGAGGAUGAUGCUAGGAAGACCACCAGCUGCCUGCGCUGCUUUUUGCAUGAAGCACUCAAAACGGAAAUCAGAGACGUCUGUGUGGAGGAAGAGCUUUCCACCCGGCCUUCAUAUCGAGAUCUGAUGAAGCGCAUGAGAGGGGUGUUCAACAUUGAAGACAUUGUUCUGAAUUACCGAGACCCAGAAGGUGACAUGAUCCGGAUCUUAGAUGAUGAAGACAUCACACUAAUGUUCCUGGAAGCUGAAACUAGGACAGUCAAGAGACCCGAGAACCAGUUUCCAUGGGAGAUCCAUGUGACACGAAUUGGAGACCUUGAAAUCUACCACCACAAAGCUUGAUGACCUUUCUAAGGUUUUGCAGCCAUUCUAAUAAUUUGGCCCCGGGGGUCAUCUCUAUCACCGAUUCCAGCAGUGUUUUGGUAUCUGAAUCUGCUCUUCAUUUCAGUCAUUUCCUGAUCAGAUGUAAUGCAUUGAAUUGUAUGGCUUUUAAUAUUCCAAACUGAAUGCUGUAUAUUUCAUUAUAUUUGCAAAUUAAAAAUUUGUUAGGUUGUUUGGUCAUAUAUCUGAAUCUUUGAUACUAAUUCAUGCAAGUCUGUAAACCA